UAGGGAUUAAGUGAUGCUGGUUUUACAGUAAACAGAAACAAGGGGAAGAAGAAGAAGAUCGAUCAGUGAAAAAUGGUGGGAAGGGGUGAAGUGCUGAGUGCUUACCGGUCACUCCUUAAGGCCACCCGAAGGACCUUCGCCGGCGACGCUCUCAUGCUCAAGCAAUCCGCCGUCGAGGUGCGUAACAAGUUCGAGGAGAACAGAAACGUCACUUCUGAUGAUCAGAUCCAGAAGCUUCUAGAAGAAGCCUCCGAGGCCUCUCACUUCAUCACCAACAUGAUCGUCCAGGCUCAGCUCAAUACGGAAGCCGGCAGCUACGUGGUGAAACCUGGUAAGGAGCAUGCAGGAGCAACACUUGAACUCCCAACAGAAGAAAGUAUCCGGAAAUCUAAAUAGGACUUCCAGGGAGAGGUUAGAACCAAGUGAUUCCUCUCUUAGAUUGUUUAUUUUUGCAUAGGAGGAAUAAUUAAUGUUAGUAGUGCAUCAAGGGAGUGGCUUCAAAUUUUCUGCUUAGAUUUGUUGCUUCUCAUUUCUAGUACCUUCAAAUUUUAUGUAGCUGAAUCAUUCAAUAUAAAGCCGAUGAUGGCUACGGGUUUAUUCUA